AUGGACUCAGAUCCUCCGCAACCUGGACAAUGGCCUGUUGAUCCACAGGACGAUGAGCCACAAAUUUUGAAGGAAAGAAUGUGGGUUGAUGGCUGCUUCGAUUUCGCACAUCACGGUCAUGCCGGUGCGAUGCUGCAGGCGCGGCAAUUGGGCGAUGAGCUCUACGUUGGUGUGCAUUCGGAUGAGGCUAUUCUCGCCAACAAGGGCCCAACCGUCAUGACCUUGGAUGAACGGAUAGCUGCGGUCGAAGCGUGCAGGUGGGCCACCAAAGCAGUUCCCCAUGCACCGUACAACACACAGUUACCCUGGAUUUCCCAUUAUGGCUGUUUCUAUGUUGUGCAUGGCGAUGAUAUUACCUCUGACGCGAAUGGUGAGGAUACGUAUCGAUUCGUGAAGGAGGCCGGUCGAUUCCUGGAGGUGAAGAGGACUCCAGGAAUCUCCACGACGGAUCUAGUUGGCAGAAUGCUGCUUUGCACUAAAGGACAUUUUAUUCCAGCGCUAGACACCGGGCUGCAGCAUCCGCAACACGGCGCUCAGAUGCUGGAACGUAUUCAGCAAUAUGCAACUGACCAGACUGGAUUGCAUCCUGGUGCCGAGGUAUACAUCUGGAAAGCUGAUGUAGAAGCUCAACUACAUCUAACGAAGGAGACAGGCAGAUUCACAAAGUUUGUGACUGGCAAUCGGCCACAGCCUGGUCAAAGAGUCGUGUAUGUUGACGGUGGCUUUGAUCUGUUCUCCUCGGGGCAUAUCGAGUUUUUGAAGAGAGUGAAUCAAGCAGAGAGUGGCAAGGCACAUAUAGUGGCGGGUAUACACAACGACGAAGUCAUCAAUCGCUACAAGGGUAUGAACUACCCCAUCAUGAAUAUCUUCGAAAGAGGGCUGUGUGUUUUACAAUGCAAAUAUGUCAACGCGGUCGUCUUCGGAGCACCACUUGCGCCCUCCAAAGAGUACCUGGGUAGUAUGCCUGUAGGCACGAUAUCCGCAGUUUAUCACGGACCCACAGAAUUCCUUCCCAUGGACUACGACCCAUAUGCCGAUGCGAAAGCGCUUGGUAUCAUGAAGCAGAUUCCAGACCAUCCCUACAAACAUGUCAACGCGUCGGAAAUCCUAGGUCGUAUUGAGAAAGGUCGUGCAGCUUUCGAAGAGCGACAACGACGGAAAGGACAAAAGGCUGUGGUUGAGGGGGCAAUAAAAGCUGAAGAAUUGAUAGCUCGAGGCCAAUAG